AUGGACACCGACGCGCUCGACAACAUGGACGAGUUCUUCGACUUCGCGGCCCUUGAGCGAAAUGCAGAGUUUGACAACACUCAUGCCUCAAGUCAGCAACUCGUGCCAUUAUUCCAACCAGACAAUGUCAAAACCAUUGACUGGGCUAUUGAGCCAGCAGCCCACCACAAUCCUACGGAUAACUUUCAACUGUACGAUGUGCCUAUGUACGGUGUUACUCAAGACCUCUCCACUGGCCAUGUGAAUCAACGAUGGCCAUCGUCCCAUGAAUCAAACUGUUCGGCAUCAUUCAUGUUUGAGACAAGUUUGGCUACAAUAACGAACUAUAACUGGCAAGCGGAUGAACCUCAACAUAUGAAGGGCUCUAUGAUGUGUGAUGAGGCGAAUCUUAAUUUUCCACCUUCAUCAUCAUUAUCGCUUGCGCUAAUGCAAUGCAAUGUUCAAAGCAAUAACGAGGGCGGCUCAGCUGAUGCUUUGGAUGCUCCGCUUGAGCCGCCUCCAUCACAGGCCAAUCAGUCAACGAUUCCGACCAAUACUUCCCUUGAUCUGGAACACGUACAUGUUAAAUCGGUCGCAGCCCAGCAGCAAACGUUCAACGCUACAUGGAAACCCGCAUCAGCCAAACGCAAAGGACCCCAAAGUCGCAUUCCGCUCGAAGCGAGGCAGAUCCUUGAAGAUGAAUUUGCGGCCAAUCCAUACCCUUGCACCUGGGAAUUGGACAUCAUCGCACAUCAAGCCAAUCUCGACGUGAAGAAAGUUCGCAACUGGUUCAACAACACCCGAGCUAGAAAGAAAUGUGGAGACCCCCAAGCCUCCGCAUGGGACUUUCCAGGUCAAGAUAGCCGCAUAUUAGCGACAAAGUUGUCAAGAGAUAGUCUGGAAAGCCUCCAAAAGCAAGCGGAUGACGCCAAUCAGCUGCCGCAACCGCCACUGGCCGUAUACCUUGCUCAGUCAUAUCAGGAAGAGGCAGUCGAACUGUCUGCAGUACAGGCCGCCGUUGUCGAUGACUCUCUCAGCGAGAGUACCCCAAACGAUAGUUGGUCUGACUCCAGGCAAGACCGCAGAGGCUCCGUCAUCACGUCGAUUGCUUCUUCCGAAGGCACUGCACCCACAACUUACACGGUGUCAUCGAGCGGCAGUCGUAGUAAGACCUCGUCUUUUGGUCGUGAUCGAAGGCGGGGUAGACGUCGAAUGGCAUGGAAAGAGUCCCCUCGCCAAGCUAUUAAUGGUGUGAAUAGCGCUGGUGAACCCCAAAAGGACCUGCCUUUCUUCUGCACUUUUUGCCCGCGAGCUUUCAAGACGAAGUAUGAGUGGAUUCGCCACGAAGACUCUGUUCACGCGCUUCGAACUACUUGGAUCUGCUGUGACACAAAACCAUCAGAAACACUUGAAGCAUGCCCACUCUGCGGUCAGGCCUAUCCCGAUGAUACUCAUAUGGCUGGCCACAAGUAUCAACAAUGCAGGAGCAAGCCCGAAUCCCAACGAACUUUCUAUCGCCGCGAUCACUUCAUCCAACACCUACAUCAUGUUCACUUUGCUAAUACCAAACACCCCUCGGUACGCGUCGGAUGUCAGGCUCGACUGUUAGCCGCUGAGGGCCAUUACUUCGGCUGCAAAGAACUCGCCAUGAAGUGGCGUCGCUUCGGUGCUCCAAUGAAGAAGGAUGACCCUAUGCUUCAUUGUGGCUUCUGUGGAAAGAAGUUGAGAGACUGGUCUGAGCGAUGUGAGCAUGUCGCUGAGCAUCUCAUCGCACGUGAGCUUGACCGUGCCGUUUGGUGGAGUGAGCGCAAGGAAAACCAUUUGGAGAAUCUAUACUCGACCACACCCUACGAGUCCUUCCGUUGCCGAUACUGCCAAAAGGUAUUCACCGACGUCAAGGACAUGAACGAACACUCCCAUUGUCGUGUGUGGAGCUGCCGGUUCCUGCGGAGCUUCGACGAUGUUGCUGCCGACAACGCAGGGCCACCGCUCUGUCCGGAUUUCCCCUCAGCCAAGGCUCAUCAUUGCCACCUUUGCGGUUCUGGCUAUCGCACGUUUCACGUUGAGCAUGCGCAAAACUACCAUCGCUAUCGUUCAUGUAAUCAGGAAUUCUACACGUCCGAGGAUGCCUUUCUUCAGCAUUUACAUAACUUUCACGGUGCUUCACAACCUGCGUUGCUACGGGAUAGUAGUGUCAUUGAGCAGAGCUUUAUGCGUAACAAAGGUGCAUCAUUCGAGCCCGUGGAGUUUAACGAGAGUUGGCAACCUUGUGUUAUGGAUCUCGAUGUCGCGUCUGUCAGUCCGUUCGUUGCCGACAACGCUGCUCCGACCUUGCCUGUCGGUCAAAGGAAAAGUCAGAUUCAGGCACGCAAGACACUUGCCAUUCCGAAGAAAGCUCGUGAUGUGCAAAAACACGAUGUUCAUACGAAGAGAGUACAAAGACAGCGAUCGGAUACCGCGACCUCAAAGGCCGAGACUCAUCACCCACGAUUCUUCCGACUCAGUACCUACGUACCUUUCCUUUCGUCUCGCAUAUUCUUCUCGCGGUCUGCAAAGAUACAAGACUUCCCGAGAGACGAUCAGGUUGUAUUAGAAGAGCUGUCGGAACCACAUGUUGCUACACUAGCCAUGAGCGCGGGUACAGUCAGUAUGGCUGCUGCUCGCUGGUUCAUCCGGCCUCAGGCCAAUGUUAUCAACGGAAUGGUUGAGCUCACCAUUGAGAGUGAAGGAGAUUCAGAUUGA